AUGUGCAAUACCACCGAAAAAUGCGAUGAAAAUAACAAUCAUGUAUGGUAUUUUGGAAAAUCAUCUCGUGCACCUGACGGGUAUAUCUUUCGUUGUCGUCGAUGUCGUGGUACAAAAUCAAUCAGAGUGGGAACAUUUUUCGAACAAUCUCAUUUACCAUUAAGUGCAAUAUUUGAAAUUAUGUAUUACUGGAGUCGCGAGGAAGAUAGUAUUAAACAAAUAAUGCACGAAGCAGAGGUUGGAUCAAAUACAACGGUGGUAGAUUGGAAGAAUUUUUGUCGGGAUAUCUGUGCCGAAUAUUUUCUACGAAAUCCUGCACAAAUUGGAGGUUUGUGGAAUCAUUUAUCAUAA